GGGCGCCGCUUGCUUUAUCAACUAGAAAUCCGUUAAAAAAAAUUAAAAAAAAGAAGAAAAGGGACGAUGGCGAGAGGGAGCCGGGGCCUGAGAAGAGUGGCCGAGUGCAUCAAACAGCUACCUUCGACGGCCAGCCGAGAAAUACAGGCGAGGAACAGCGUCAGGUACCUGUCGUCAUGCGGGAUCCUGAUGACCCGCGCGGCGCCGCUGCUGGGCGCGGCGGCCAUGCCGAGGCCCGACGUCGUCAUGGCGUCCUCUCGUAGCUUCUUCAACUUCCCCGACUCCUUCUCCAAGAGGAAGGAGUACUCGGAGAGACGCGUCAUCGGGUAUUCCAUGCCGGAGAUCUACGACGUGGUGGCCGGCGUGGAGAACUACCGCCUCUUCGUGCCCUGGUGCAAGAGGUCGGACGUGGUGUUCAGGCGAGCCGGGUUCUGCAAGGCCAAGCUGGCCGUGGGCUUUCCACCCAUGAUGGAGAACUACACCUCGCUGGUCACGUCGGUGUGCCCCCACCUGGUCAAGGCGUCCUGUUCAGACGGCAGACUCUUCAACCACUUGGAGACGGUGUGGCGCUUCAGCCCCGGCCUCCCGGGAUAUCCUCGUACCUCCACUGUGGACUUCUCUAUCUCCUUCGAGUUCCGCUCCCUCCUCCAUUCCCAGCUGUCCCACGUCUUCUUCGACGAGGUGGUGAAGAAGAUGGUCUCGGCGUUCAUGCGCCGCGCCGCCGACGUUCACGGCCCCGAGACGGCCAUCCCCCAGGAGCUCAUGUUCCACGAGGUGCACCACACGUAGCGCUCCGCAGGGGCGCAGUGCCUUUUCCCACAGCGACAACCAAGUUUAUCCUCGACUGUUUCCUGUUUCUUUUCUUAUUGUGUAUGUAUGUGUACAUAUAUAUAUUUAUAUUUAAAUUUAUAUAUAUAUACAUAAUUUAUAUAUAUAUCCAUAAUUUAUAUAUUUUUAUAUAAUUUAUAUAUAUAUAUAUAUAUAAAUGAUAUAUAUACUUUUUAUAUAUAAUGAUUUAGAAUUUAUAUAAAUAUAUAUAUCAUUUCCCUUAUCAGAAUUAUGCAAUCUGUUAAGCUGCUGUCUAACCACCAUUUCUUUUUUUUGAACACUAUAACACACUUUUUUAUUUUAUUUAAAAAGCUGCUUUUAGGGAGACGCUUUACAAACACUUGUGUCUUCCCUUAAAGAAAUGUGUGAAUAUUGUAAAAUCACCAGAGUCGGGGUAAAAAUGCUGUUUUGAAGUUGUCGGAGAGAUGGAGGCAUUUUGAAAAAAAGAAGAAAAAAAGAAGAUCAAGUUCUUGGCCCAGGAGGCUGUUACAGGAUCAGCCGUAAUCCUUUAAUCGGUGCAACACACUUCCUGUGACUGCUGAGUCAGGAGCUCAGCGGAGAAGGAUGAAGACGAAGGUAUUUUAUGAGAGCCGAGAACGUGACCGGCAACAAAAAGAAAAGGAGACGCCUCAGAGGAGCGCAUGGCUCAUCUGCUCCUUGUAAAAGUUUGGUGUCUGAAAUGUGGGGAGAUGGUUCAAAGCGUCUCAAGAGAUGACCUCGUCAAGCGUCUUUUAAGAGUCUAAAACCUGAAGGUAUUUAAUUAACUGUGAAAAAAGGAGAAGAAAACAGCAAAUUGUCCUAUUUGACCAAUAUUUGUGAUGAUCGAUGACGUAGUUGUUAGUUGUAUUCUCUGGGGACGGACUAGUGUAUGAAUAGACGUGAUGGUUACAGUUCUAGAGGAACCUUGGAUCCACUGAGGGCAGGAAGGUUCUGCUCCAGGUUACAUUUCCCGGUCGGGUCUUUUUUUAUUUUUCUUGUUAGUCGUAGUUAUUUUUGUCUGUAGGUCUCAAACCUCGAGGCUUUUGUUCUUUUCCACAAAGCAGCAAAAGGAAAGUGAUGUUUAUUCAACUUUUUAAAGAGCUCCACUAGUGGUUCACUGUAUAUUACCAGAGGUGCACUGAGGAGCAACAGGAACACACACCUUUUAACUUUAUUUAGCUUUUCGUGUUACUCAUCUCAAGCUCUCGGCAUUAAGGGGACGAAGCUAACUCACAUGACAAAGUGUGCAAUAUCCGUCUCAUUCAGGUGUUUUUUGAAUGCUCAGCAAUGCAAGGGGGCUGCUAGCUCAGAGUGCCUACAGGACGCACAUCUUGCUUAUUAUAUCUUUCACAAUAUUAUCAUAUUUAUCUUUGUUAAAGUGUAAAUAUUGGUUUGCUGGUCACACAGACUUGUCCUCUGUUUUUAAAGAUCUGUUUGUUUCACGGGGAGAGAGGACUUGUUUAAAUGUUUGUGUUGAAUGACUUCAGAGAGCUGAAUAAACUAUUUUUUCAACAAACCAAAA